UUUACUUCUAAAUGUAUGCUGGGUAGGUCACGCCACUUCCUAAAGCUCUAUUUCCCUGAAAUUAUAUGUACGGGCAAGCUUGCAGAGAAACCCGCAUUAUUACCCGAGCAUUGGAUCACAAUGUCACCAUCACGCACCACCACAAAGGUCAUCGUCGUUGGUGGAGGCGGUACUAUCGGGGCAUCAACAGCGUUGCAUCUUCUGGGUGCCGGCUAUAGCGCUUCCAAUAUAACAGUUCUUGACCCUUAUGCAAUCCCAUCCGCACAAUCAGCGGGAAAUGAUCUCAACAAAAUUAUGGGCAUUCGACUGCGUAAUGAAGUUGAUAUACAAUUGAGUAUAGAGGCGAGAGAUAUGUGGAAGAACGAUGCCUUGUUCAAGCCCUUCUUCCACAACACGGGUAGACUUGACUGUGCUCAUACUGAGGGAGAGCUCAAGUCAUUGAAGACAGAAUUUCAGAAACUACUCGAUGCCGGCCUCGGAGAGUCCCAUGAAUGGCUGGAUAGUGAAGACAAGAUUCUGGAGAAGAUGCCUCUUUUGGAUCGAAACAACAUAAAAGGAUGGCAGGCCAUAUAUAGCCGUGAUGGUGGGUGGUUGGCGGCUGCCAAAGCGAUCAAUGCCAUUGGAAUAGUGCUGAAAGAGCAAGGCGUCAAUUUUGGAGUUGGAAGAGCGGGAUCAUUCAAAAAACCUCUUUUCGCUGAUGAUUGUGUGGCUUGUGUGGGCGUCGAAACAACAGACGGGACACAAUAUUACGGAGAUAAAGUAGUGAUCGCCGCGGGUGCUUGGACAUCAACACUAGUUGAUUUGGAAGAUCAAUGCUGCUCAAAAGCAUGGGUUUAUGCCCAUAUUCGUCUAACAGCAGAAGAGGUUGCAGAAUAUAAGAAUGUUCCCGUGGUAUACAAUGGUGAUGUUGGGUUCUUCUUCGAGCCAGACGAGUAUGGUGUGAUCAAAGUGUGCGACGAGUUUCCCGGCUUCACUCGAUUCAAAAAACACCAGCCUUAUGGCGCUGAUGCUCCCAAACUCAUAUCAGUACCUCGCUCCCACGCAAAUCAUCCGACAGAUACAUAUCCCGAUGCCUCCGAGAAGUCGAUCCAGAAAGCCAUUGAUAUCUACCUGCCACGUUUCAAAGACAAGAACAAGUUCAACCGGACAAUGUGUUGGUGCACAGACACUGCUGAUUCAGAGCUUUUGAUGUGUGAACAUCCAAAGUGGAAAAAUCUCAUCAUAGCUUCUGGCGACAGCGGUCAUUCUUUCAAACUUCUUCCGAAUAUCGGAAAGCAUGUGGUAGAGCUUAUCGAAGGUAGAUUAGCAGACGAUAAGUCACAGGCAUGGAAAUGGCGUCCUGGCGGUGAUGCCUUGAAGUCGACCCGAGGUGCCCACGCAAAAGAUCUGGCAGACAUGCCCGGCUGGAAUCACGACAAAACUAUGGCUAAAUUUUAG